AAGGCCGACCCACCUUCUAAGCCUCUACAGUCUACACCGAAACCUUAAAAACCGCAGCUAUGUAUUAUGGAAUAUUCAGAAAAUCUUCAUUUUGAUUCCCUCUCCUACUCUCUCUGCUUCUUUUUUUUGGCAAUCUUUAUUUUUUUUAGUUUCUUUCCAGUUCUUUUUUUUUUCUUCGUUUGCAGGUUUUCUUAAAGAUCCGAGGAGAAGUAGGGUAUAUACGAGUAUAGGAGAAUGUUAGAGCAGCUACUAAUAUUUACUCGUGGAGGAUUAAUCCUCUGGACAUGUAAAGAGCUUGGAAAUGCACUCAAGGGAUCACCAAUCGACAUCUUGAUCUGGUCCUGUCUUUUGGAAGAGUGGUCUGGUGCAGCAUCAUACAACUAUGAUGCCGCUGGUGCUGCUUACACACUUAAAUGGACCUUCCAUAACGAGCUUGGCCUUGUAUUGUUGCUGUAUAUCAGCGGAUCCUCCAUCUGUUGUAUGUGGACGAUCUGCUUGCAAUGGUGAAGCGUGAGUUUUUGGAGAUGUAUGAUCCGCACCAGACAUCCUAUAGUGAUUUUGAUGAAACUUUAGGCAACUGAAAAAGGAAGCUGAAGAUUUGAAGAGAUUAAAGCAGGUGGUGGGCAAGCCUCUAAAUAAUAGUAAGAAGCAAGGGCAGAUGCAAAAUGCUAGAUUUGAAGGAGUAAGUAACAAAAAGAGUGAAAGUACUUCCCCCAAUGAUGGUGGGGAUGGUGAUAAUACGAAAGGCCACAACUUGGAGAAUGGGCACGCCAAUGGUAGCUAUGUUCAUAAUGAAGAUUCUAAGGUGAAUGGUGGUGUUAACGGUAUAGGAAAUGGGAGCUCCAACGCUGGGGCUUUUGAUGUAAAUAAGCUUCAGAAGCUUAGAGCUAAAGGUGAGAAGAAAGCCGAAACCCUUGUUAGCAAGGGCUCUAAGGCAGAGCCAAAGAAAAAGAUAACAAAGAAGAAUAGAGUUUGGGAAGAUUCACCUCCUCAGGCAAAAUUGGAUUUCACAGAUGAUGCUGGUGAGAAUGGGGACAAUAUAGAGGUUGUUGCAGCAGAUCAUGGUGAAAGUAUGAUGGACAAGGAAGAUAUUUUUAGCAGUGAAACGAGGCUGAAGAAGAAGAAGGGGUGGUUUUCAACAAUGUUCCAAAGUAUUGUGGGCAAAGCGAAUCUGGAGAAGUCAGACCUGGAACCGGCUUUGAAAGCUCUCAAGGAUAGGCUUAUGACGAAGAAUGUGGACAAGGAGAUAGCUGAGAAACUCUGUGAAUCAGUGGCAGCGAGUCUUGAAGGGAAAAAGUUGGCUUCGUUUACAAGGAUAUCUUCAACAGUGCAGACAGCAAUGGAAGAAGCUCUUGUUCGUAUUUUAACUCCUAGGCGCUCUAUUGACAUAUUGAGGGAUAUGCAUGCUACCAGGGAACAAAGGAAGCCUUUUGUUGUUGUUUUUGUCGGUGUUAAUGGAGUUGGGAAAUCUACUAAUCUAGCCAAGGUUGCCUACUGGCUUCUGCAGCACGAGAUCAAUGUCAUGAUGGCUGCUUGUGACACAUCCCGAUCUGGAGCGGUUGAGCAGCUGCGGACUCGUGCGCAAAGGCUCCAGAUUCCUAUAUUUGAGAAAGGCCUAUGAGAAAGAUCUUGCCAUUGUAGCAAAGGAAGCAAUCCAGGAAGCAACACAUAAUGGUUCUGAUGUGGUUUUUGUUGAUACAGCUGGUCGAAUGCUGGAUAACAAACCGUUGAUGAGAGCACUGGUUGGAAAUGAUGCCGUUGAUCAACUUUCAAAAUUCAAUCUGGUUGGAGCUGCACUUUCAAUGGUGUACAUAUCUGGGCACCGGUCAUGUUUGUCGGCUGUGGACAGUCAUAUACAGAUCUCAAGAAGCUCAACGUCAAAUCGAUUGUCAAGACCCUCCUUAAAUGAGAAUGUGUUGGUUUCAUUC